UGAAACUGGUCUUUGGAAGGACAAUAAUUUGGCAGAUAAAUAAUCCGUGUCACCAGGUCACUGUGGAACUCAAGAAUUACUCCCAGGAACAGCCACCUCGUCGUGUAGAGAAAAUAGUUUGCGCAAGAAGAUUAAUUGCUCAUACGGUGUUUCCAUCUCGACUAAACUUGCGUCAGUGGAAUCAUUUCUAUCUACACGCCGGUAACACGGGCUGUCUAAAAGCAGUGAGUGAAUAUAACUGAUAAGUGGCCAAGAUUGAAUCAAUCAAGACAAGUGUACCCACACCACGUGUUCAGUUGGAGCGGUGGGUCACACGCUGAGCACUGUAAAAAACUGGGACAGCUGUGAUCAGCUGCUUGCGACACCAAGAUACUUCGUAACACCAAGCAAGUGUUGGAUCGACUGAUUCACUGAAUGAAAGAGAGCAGAGUAGAGGCUGAGCCAGUAGGUCUAGUACUGGCAGUGGUAGCCCCAGACGAUCUCACUCAUCACACAGGUGACAGCACACACGCACCGACGUCCGUGUUACCAUCCUCGCUUGGCUGCAGAUAUCGCAGCCGCGGUGGUCCUGCCUGUUUCGAAACACAGCAAACUGCUGGUGCGGCGGUGGUUGCAUACUUGGCGACAGUGGAACGUGGUGACAGUCAGUGGACGUGGUGAACACACUUUCAUUGUGAUAUUCGCACUGCUGUAGAAGCAAGCGAUCAGUCGAUCUGUUUUCUUCACCGAAGGCGAAGGCUGACAUACCAGGGUCUCUCCUCGGCGAGUAUAACCUUUCUGUUCUAGGCAAAGAGAGACGCAGUUCAAUUUCAAUCAAUUUCCAAUCAAUCCCAUUUUAGUUUUGCAACAUUUGGGAUUGUUUUUUUGCUGACUUUGGCCAGUUACGGUUGCGAAACUAACGAUCAGCUAGCCAACUAGCCCCAGGAAGUACUUCCAUCCGGGGAGCGGAAAGAGGUAGAAGGGGCAGACAACUGCAAUGAACUAAUCGUUAUCUGAGCAGGUCGUGCAACAAACAAUACAUUAGCGUGCUGUGUAGAUAAGAUAGUCGUUGCCCAACAGCGCACUGGAACAAUGGGAGCUUGCUGCUUCACAGCUGAUCAUCGCAGCGUGGUGUCGCGCGGUAGAGACAACGCGCCCGAUGGAAAGUACAAGCGACUGGCAGAGCCCGCGUGCAGGACGGCCAGCGGCGAGAGCGUACUGGCGGAGGAAUGGGACUCGCCCAAACCAUCACCGGCGGAGUAUCGAAAGCAGAUCGCCAAUUCUCAAGCCGCUCGCGUGACAAGACGUACGGACGACACUGGGCCCACGCUACUGGAGAUGAGCGCGAAAGCACCUCGCGGCUUUGCGCCCUACAGACCUGAAGACGAGAAACGGGCAAAUUUAUCACGCAAAGGUGCAGUGAGAAAGCACGAUGAGGAGCCGGCAACACCACCAUCGCGUACACUCUCACGGCGAGAGAUUCUGGCCAAUCAAUAUCGUCUCGAAGCCGAGAAGGAGAAGAAAGCCAGCGACUUGGGAUCUCGGAGUAGACAUCCGGGGGACAGAAGCGACACCGACAGUGAAUCAGGUGGUCAGGAUGUUCCCGAUGGGGGCAUCAGAGACACGAACGUCAAUGAUUUGGCGAGAGGACAAGAUCCACAGUCCCAGUCGAACGUUCUAGUCGACAUUGACCCGUCAUCGCCAUCUGCACAUCCAUCCACCAAUGGGACAUCGCCGCAUGAUGCGUCUACAACGAAUGAAGCACAUGGCUUCCGCUCGGUUGCUUCAUCGGGCCGCGGCUCCCUAACAUCAGCAUCUCCAGACGCCGAUAACCAGGUGGAGAGAACAGGCCACGGAGCAACAGAUGGUGAAGCACCGUCAUCGGACGUUCAUGGCGAGGAUUCGCCUGCGCAUGUCGCAAACGGAUCAGCCAACGGUACAGUCACAACACGAGAUAACAGAGCCGACUCUCGGACUAGCUCUGGCAGUAGCGAAAUGUCCGAUAAGUCCGGCCAUAAAGUUCUAUCUCGGAUUAGCGUUGGCAGCCUCGAAACGUCCGACCCGUCGGCCCUACCGUACUUUGCCACGAGCAGCGUGCCUGCGAGCGGCUUCACACCACCCAUGCCGCGUAUACAAGUUCCCGAUGCGACCUCAUUGUCCUCCACGGGACGAGAUUCGCCUGCCCCUGUUGGGGACUUGAAGUCGCUGAAAGAGCACGAGGAGGCGGUGAGUUUCUUGGCGGAGCUUGGCUACGGACCAGGACAAGUCAUAGAGCGGCAAAUGUUUGACCACACCAGUAUAGGAGAGGUGGAGCUGAAACUAGAAGUGACGUACUCCGCAGUCAACAUUGAGAUUGUGCAGCUGAACGAUCUGAAGCUGAUGUCAUUGCCACGCACUACUGAGCUCUACAUCAAGUGCUAUCUACAAAAAGGACUCGCCGAGACUUCCAAACAUACGAAGAAGCGCACAAAAGCCGUCAAUGUCUCCGAGAACAUGAUCUUCGACGAAACACUCCAUUUCUCAAUGUCACCCGGAAUGGAUGUUGUGAAGGUGAUGUUGUGGGAGGAGAAGCUAGGACGUAACCCCAUGUAUGGCAUGGCUACCAUCCAGCUCAGUCAUCUCGACGGCAAUGACGGACACAGCCAGACGACGAAGAACAUGGUGAGCUAUCGCAACAAGAAAGUACGCGCCGAGGGCAAGUACACGCUGUUCGGAGCGAAGGAGGACGGAAAGCUGGGAGUGCAGGGACUCAAGGUGUCCACCUCCACCGGUAGCUUGGUGUCCGUACGCGCCUCCACGCCCAAUCUGGGAAAGCUGCGGCCGUUCCGUCACAGUAGGAAGUGAUCGAGUGAGCCGGAGAGCAUUGCUAAGAGAGUGUGCUCCACCAGUGCAGCUGGACCAGUGGUAUAACAGCAGCCCACGGUGCUAAGACUUGGAGCGUACCAACAUUACACUGGAAGCGAACGUGAAACAAGACAGAAGCAAGACACGCGUCAGGCUCUUCACCGACAUCUUGAAGUGUGUCCUCGUUCUUAGUAUCAUCACGUUCUUGUCUCCGAAGAAAACUGGAAACAAGACGGUGUUUUCGUUUUGCUUGAUAGUCUUUCGAUGAUAGCGAGGCUCUGAUGAUGGUCUCAUUGCCAGUUCAGUCAUCGUUGAGCAGUGCCGAGUGUCCAGCUGUUGUUGAGCAGAAUCUGAGCAGCACGGCGCCGAGGCUGUGAGGCAACUGAGCAGCCUUGUGGAGGAAUCUCUAUUCAGGUUAGCUCUAGUGUGCAUGCACAGUUCUACGAGUGGCAUUCGAUCAUGCUACAGAAAUCAAUACGAAUCAAUCUUCUCCACAGACAGCGAUCCGUAUGUGAGAUAAGGAGCAUUCGCUGGGGUGACUUCACUGUGCUCUGAAAUUGAAAUUGCCUAGUCCACUAGUAUUACCAGGAUGUAAUACUUGAAGUUUUUCUCUACGGCACCAGUGUGCUCAUAGUCAAGCCACUCAGAGUUCACCGCUUUGUUUAUCCUUCCUUGUACGCACGCACGCACGCACACACACACACACACACACACACACACACACACACACACACACACACACACACACACACCCACACACACACACACACACACACACACACUCACACAUACA